UCGCCUCCCAGGAGCUUCUCCCCGCGAUGGACUCCGCGGCUCAAACUUUCCUGUGAGGCGCUCGGGGGGGAGAGGGGGUCAUUCCCCGGCUUGGGAAGUGGCUCUGCCCUCCAGGAGAUGGGGAUCCCCUCGCAGGAUCGCCGCCCUGGCUCCCCGGGGCGCCGAGGUCGAUGCUGAGCGCCGGGUUCGGAGGCGGCGUUGAGUUCCCAGGGCCGCCGCCAUGAGGCACUGCUUCUACAACGAGACCGUGGGCUUCUUCUACAACAACUCCCGCAAGGAGCUGACCACGUACUGGCGCACCAAGGACGUGCUGGUGGUGGCCCUGGGCCUGACCGUGAGUGUCAUCGUGCUGCUGACCAACCUGCUGGUCAUCACGGCCAUCGUCAUCAACCGCCGCUUCCACUACCCCAUCUACUACCUGCUGGGCAACCUGGCGGCCGCCGACCUGUUCGCGGGCAUCGCCUACAUGUUCCUCAUGUUCCACACGGGCCCCCGCACGGCCGAGCUGUCCCUCAAGACCUGGUUCAUCCGGCAGAGCCUGCUGGACACCAGCCUGACGGCCUCGGUGGUGAACCUGCUGGCCAUCGCCGUGGAGCGGCACCAGACGGUGUUCACCAUGCAGCUGCACAGCAAGAUGUCCAACCAGCGCGUCACCAUCCUCAUCUUCUGCAUCUGGGUCACGGCGCUGCUGCUGGGGCUCAUCCCCUCCUACGGCUGGCACUGCCUCUGCGCCCUGGACAAGUGCUCCAGCAUGGCCCCCCUCUACAGCAGGAGCUACCUGACCUUCUGGGCCAUCUCCAACCUCGUCAUCUUCCUCAUCAUGGUGGUGGUGUACACGCACAUCUUCAUCUACGUCAAGAGGAAGAUGACCAGGAUGUCCAAGCACACCAGCUUCCACCCCCGCUACAAGGAGACCAUGAUCAGCCUGGUCAAGACGGUCACCAUCAUCCUGAGUGCCUUUGUGAUCUGCUGGACCCCCGGGCAGGUCGUGCUGCUCCUGGACGGGCUGGGCUGCAAGAGCUGCAACGUGCUGGCGGUGGAGAAGUACGUGCUGCUGCUGGCCGAGAUCAACUCCCUCAUCAACGCCAUCGUCUACUCGUACCGCGACACGGAGAUGAGGAGCACCUUCCGCCGCAUCCUGUGCUUCCCGUGCCCCCGCAACUCCAAGUACACGCCCACCGUGGUCAAGCUGAACACGACCGACCGCGGCACCCUCUCGCACAACGGCCACUUCACCGUCGACUCCUCCAUCUAG